AACUCCUAGUGGCAAGACGUUAGAGGUGGUCAACGUUUAACGAAGUGAUGUAACGAGCAAAGAAUAAACCACUCGCAUCGCAACUGGGACAUUAAAAAUCGUUAUCUGAAUUUUUAUGACAACCUUUUGUUCCCAGAUUACUUCAGUUGAAAAUCGAAGUUUCAUUAUCUCAAUGUUCAACUGAGGGGAGAGGCAUACAUACAUGUCAGACAAAGGAAACGUGCAAUCGAAAGUGCAUAAUUUAUGAACUGCUUAAAUUCGGGGCGAAAGAAAACCCAAUAAAAAAAUGAGGCUGCCUUCAGUACAUUUCGAAUGGAUGUUGGUUAAUCUAAUGUUAUCCUUCUACACCUGGCAACAAGGCAACGCUGACAAAUUCACUCUUGGAUACCUAACGGGGGCAUCGAGGAGACCCUGGGAUAAAGAAUACUCUCGUCCGGGACUCUCCAUUUCAGGAGCAAUUUCGUUGGCCAUCGAAGAUGUCACCAGGCAAAAAAUUCUACCCUAUGAUCACACGCUGGAUAUGGUCGUGGCCGAAACGUAUGGCGAGGAAGAAGAGUCUCUCCUUCAAACGGCUAAGCUGUGGACACUCAACGUUUCAGCAUACAUCGGACCACAAGAGUCCUGUGUUCACGAGGCUCGUAUGGCCACUGCUUUCCGUCUUCCCAUGAUUUCCUACUUCUGCACGCACGAUGAAACUUCCAACAAGGAACUUUUCCCGACAUUUGCUCGAACUCGGCCUCCAGAUACGCAAAUCUCCAAGUCGGUCGCUUCCGUCCUGAAAGCUUUUCACUGGCACAAAGUCGCUUUCUUCCACAAGAGCACCGACGACUCCGAGUACGCCAAAAUUGCACAGACGGUGAUGACGACGCUAACGGCCGAAAACAUCGAAGUCAAAUUCCGACGUUCUUGGAAAGUGACCUACCAUCACGGCUGGGAUGACUGGAUGACGAAUCCAUUCGAGAAAAUGGUGGACGAAACAUACCAGGACAUCCGCAUUUACGUUGUUCUGGGCCCGUAUCACGAACACAUCGGUCUUUUAACGGCCAUGGAAGACAGGCGUCUCUUCGACCGAGGAGAAUAUUUUGUUUUGGGCGUCGAUUUGGAUCGUUACGACGCUGACAACCCAAGUAAAUACUUGCGCGGAUUACUGAAAGACGACCUCGACCGGAAAGCCAUCGAAGCGUUUGAGAAUUAUGUCGGCGUUGUCGGGUCGCCAUCGGGCAGCGAUUUCGACAAUUUCACCCAAAUGGUCAACGAUUACCUGGAACGGCCGCCCUUCAACUUCCCCAAUCCGCUCACCUACUUUGGAGGCGUCAAACGAAUUCGUGCGGAGGCUGCUUACCUGUACGAUGCCGUCCUGCUCUACGCUCACGCCCUUCGUGAAGUCCUACUUGCUGGGGGUGAUCCGUAUGAUGGCCUUGCCAUAAUGGAACGCAUUCGAGGUCGAACCUACAUGAGUGCUAUGGGGUACGUCGUUUACAUGGAUGCUAACGGAGAUACUCAGGGGAAUUACACGCUGAUUGGAAGGCAGCCGUACGAGAGCACUAACCACGAGGAUGGUCUCUACCCUGUCGGCGUCUUUCACAUUCCACGGAACCACAGCACGAUCCCGGAGCUGCAUUUGGUGGCGCCAAUCAUGUGGAGAACGGGCAAAAUUCCAAUCGACGAGCCGCCGUGUGGAUUCCGCGGCGAACUGUGCAUCUCUAACACGGAAGAAAUUGCUUCUGGAAUUGCCGGCGGGAUUGCUAUCGUUUUUAUCAUCGUCGGACUAAUCAUCUACCGCAAUUGGCGCUACGAACAAGAACUGGACUCGCUCCUCUGGAAGAUCGACUAUAAGGACAUCCAAAUACCAGACCUACCGGCCGUCUCAUCCGGACAGGGCAAAGCUCCUCGGAGUCUUCAUCCUCUCCUGAGAACAAGCCAGGUGUCUCUCAGCUCGAAUCCGGAGACGGACUUUCGAUACUCGGCUAUUUACGGCACGAUCGGUGUUUACAAGGGCCGAAUUUUUGCCAUAAAAAUGGUCAAUAAGAAAUCCAUCGAUAUGACACGAUCCAUGAAAAAGGAACUGAAAUGGAUGCGAGAUCUGAGACACGACAAUCUGAGCGCUUUCUUUGGUGCAUGUGUUGAUCCGCCUAAUAUAUGCAUCGUGACUGAAUAUUGCACAAGGGGCAGUCUUAAGGACGUGUUGGAGAACGACGACGUCAAAUUGGAUAACAUGUUCAUCGCCUCUCUGGUGGGCGAUAUAGUGCGAGGCAUGAUUUAUUUACACGACUCACCUGUCAAGUCUCACGGUAAUUUGAAAGCAUCCAACUGUUUGAUUGACAGCCGCUGGGUUCUCAAAGUUGCUGAUUUCGGCCUGCACGAAUUCAAAUCGGGAGCCGAACGCGUCACCAACGAUGACUCCGAUGACUUUAGCCACGGAUUGCUUUACAGGUCGCCAGAAUUACUUCGCCUGACCGACCCACCUUUGCAAGGCACCCAGAAAGGUGACAUUUAUAGCUUCGGUAUUCUUUUGUACGCCAUUCACGGACGUCAGGGACCUUUCGGCUUCAUCACACUUAGCACCAGGGACAUUCUCAAGAAGGUGACCGAACAUGCUCCUCCUCUGCCACCGUUCAGGCCUCGGAUUGAAGCGAUGGAGAAUUGUCUCGAUUGCGUUUGCACCGUCAUGGUCGAGUGUUGGCGGGAACAGCCGGACGAACGGCCCGACUUCAAAACCAUCCGCUCCAAAUUGCGUCCAAUGCGCAAAGGCCUGAAGCCAAACAUCUUCGACAACAUGAACUACUUGCUGGAGAAAUACACCAACAAUCUCGAGGCGUUGGUCGACGAACGGACCGAACAACUGCUCGAGGAGAAGAAGAAAACCGAGGCACUCUUGUAUGAAAUGUUGCCCCGCUACGUGGCCGAAAAGCUCAAAUGCGGACACAAAGUGGAGGCGGAAUCAUUCGACUCGGUUACCAUCUAUUUCAGUGAUAUCGUCGGUUUCACGGAAAUGUCGGCACAGUCAAGUCCGCUGCAGGUGGUGGAUUUCCUCAACGAUUUGUAUACGUGCUUCGACUCCAUCAUCGGAAAUUACGAUGUGUACAAAGUGGAGACCAUUGGCGACGCCUAUAUGGUCGUCAGCGGCCUGCCCAUCCGGAAUAAAGACCAGCACGCGGGAGAAAUCGCUUCCAUGUCCCUUUCACUGCUGCGGGCCGUCGUCAAGUUUAAAAUACGACACCGACCUCAUCAAACGCUUAUGUUACGCAUUGGUAUCCAUUCUGGUCCGGUAUGCGCAGGAGUCGUUGGAUUAAAAAUGCCACGCUAUUGCCUCUUUGGCGACACCGUCAAUACAUCGUCGAGGAUGGAGUCAACGGGCUUACCAUUGAAGAUACAUUGUUCGACGGCUUGUAAGCAGCUGCUGGACCGGCUGGGCGGCUACAUCCUCGAAGAGAGGGGCGAAAUCAAGAUCAAAGGCAAAGGAGACAUGGUAACUUACUGGCUGGUCGGCGAAAAGACCGGCAAUCAAAUCCGCCAACGCGGCAAAGCUAACGGCCCUUGGUCCAAUCGACCCAAGAGCUCGUUGAGGAACGCCAGCCACAAGUUGGCACGCAAUCGCCACAAUAGAGAAGAUUUAGCGUGUAGCCUCGAUUCUCCGAAGAAAUUAAGAUUCGCUGCGGAUUCACCUACCGUUCCAUCGGCUGUGGAUGUAGAGAUCCUUAACGAGACGAUGCCCUUUGCUACGACGAGCAAACGGAAUUCCUGUCCUAAUCUGAAGGUGAACGCACAGGUGGGCAGUUUUACGCUGAUGCAGCCGAGUUUCUGCAGAUCAAUCGAACGCAAACUCUGUUAUCAACCUCAUCGAUUGAGCACAACGUCUUUGGUAGAAGCCAUCACCUUGAGUUCCAGUAGCUCGGCUAAUAGAACGCCCAACGGAAAGUCUCAGCUGCAUUUCACAUUGUCAUCUCCAAUGGCGUCGCGGGUUCGUGGAGAAAAUCCUAAAAUCGAACUGAGCCCUCCUGAAGAAUCGAUAAACGAUUGUUGGCCAUUGCUCGAUCCCCAUUACGCAACAAACGAAUACGGGAGGGACGAUAGGGAAACAAGCGUAUGAGCGCACAUCAAUGUCAAUGUUAUUUUAAUUUAUUUUUGGAAUUCCGGACAUCUUUAUAUUUUUUAAAGUUUCAAAUCUUUUCUUUUAGCUUCUUGAUGUGUUACGUUUGUGAUUGUUUCAUUUCGAUGGGGAGUCGGCCCGUAGCCAUCUGCCGGCAAAUCGGUUCAAUCCCGCCGCGUUCCAAACGAAAAAAUCCAACGGGCCUGACCUUCAACAAAAUUCCUAAAACAAAAAAAAAAGAACCAAUUAAAAGAAACGCGCAGUGAGCUAUCAACUUUCAUGACAUCGUUCUCUAUGACGAAAUUCACGUGAAAAAUAAUUUGUCUCUUUGACAAUUUUUGUUAUCCACCCAAAGAACCUGCCGUUCUACCAGUACCGUGAAUUGGCAAACUGUAGAUACGCUGGACCAGUUUGACGACCGACAUUUAACACGGAAGAAA